GCUUGGGCUAGGCCGAAUAAGGACUAGAGCCAGGAUAGGACAAGGCAUGCUCGGCCCAGACCUAUUGCCGACCUGACCAGCCCCCAAUAAUUUCGUGGUGUCCACUUUCCCUCUAAAACUUCAAACUUGAGGUCGUUUUCCUUUUCACGGCCCGCUCACUCUCGCGCGCGUGCGCAUCGACACUUUCUCCCUCCUGAAACUCAAGGCCUUCUCCUUUGAUUCCUCUCUCUCGCUCUCUGCCCUUUUCGUUCAGGCGUCCUCUCUCUCUCUCAUCCAAUCUACAAUCCAUUCGACAAUCCAUGAUUUGUGACUGCAUUUUCAGGCUUACAAACCCUGUGUCUCUUCUAAUUCCACCCCUUAAUUUCCAUUUAUUUCAGGAAGCCACAGUAUUUCACUGCAACCUCGCUGCAACUCCCCCUCCUGAGCUAGAAAUCCAUGGGAGACGCGCAAAAAUGGAACGUGACUUACACAAAGCACAUGAAACAGCGAAGAAAAGUUUACCAGGAUGGAGCAUUAGAGCUAAAUUCCUCAAAAAACAAGAUCAUGCUUUACGAUGAUUGUGGAAAUGUUGUGGCUAGUAGGUUCUUAAAGAACACUGAAGUGGUUAAAUCUGGUAACACCCUAGAGUUUGAUUCGUAUCUAGUGGAUGUUGGGGAAUUUGAACAGAAGUGUAAGCCUCUAAGCAGUUCAAACGUUGAGGAACGAGGGAAAAAACCAUUUCGAAAGACUCUGUUUCAUGGGAAUAUUCCUAAACGUGAUCCUUGUCCUGAGAGUAAAGAGAGAGAUCUGCAUAAAAGUGGAACACAAUUUGUACAGAAUCUUUCAUAUUCAAGGCCAAAUUUGUUGAAAGAGAAUAAAAACAGAGAAGUGCAAAAAACUGGAGCAUCUUUGCAGAAUAUUUCAAAUUCAACACCAAACGUGUCAAAGGAGUGGUGUGCAUUGUAUACUCAACAAAAAACUCAAAAGACCAAGAAGUAUCAAGAUGGCUUUGUCCGGCUCGACAAUGUCGGCUCAUUUAGGAAGCAGGUGAUUUUGUUGAAUGAAGAGGGAACUGUUUUAGAGAGUAAGUACGUCGCAUUUUCUGAAAAUGUUUGCACUGGAAGUACUUAUGAAUUUCCUAGAUACAUGGUGGAGCUUGGUGAGCCAAGAACUUCUCAAGCAGCAGGAGAACCUCCCUCACAAAAAAAAUCAUGUUCACGUUCCAUGGGUGCCAACGUUUACAAGUUCAAGAAUAGUGAAGUAGUUUCUAACUGUAACAUGGUUCGAGAUGCACAUCAGAUUUUAUCUGUUCUUAAAAAGCCAGUGGAUCAAGCGAACCAUUCUAGGCUAUCAGUGGAGCGAAAUCUUUCCAAUUGCGAGUCUUCCAGCUUGUCCCCAUCUCUUGCACAGGAAAAAUUACUCAAGCACGGAACACUAAUAUCAUCAUAUCAAGAAUGUCCAGAAAAAAUCAACACCAAUGGUUUACCAAUAUUAGAGGCAGGAGAUGUAAAGAAAUGUGAUAUCUCUGGAAGCUACCAGUCCCCCAAAAACUCUGAGGAUCCUAAGAAAUUUUCAAGCGUGAAUUCUGUCAAUUUAGUAGAUGAUAGCCUGGGAAUCAGAGGAAGAUUAGCAGAUAACUCAGAUAUCACGUCUCGUAAACCGCUAAGUUCCACUUGUGUUCCAUGGAGACUUGCAUCAGCUGUAGAGGUCGGUGCCAACAUCAAACAAGAAACAGUUUCCCACACAGGUCAUGCCUCAGAAGUUAUUGGCACCACCCAUGAAAAUAAAGUUCAUGAAUCAGGAGCACUGUUUGAUUUGAAAGACCGGCAUCGAAGGAAAGUAAUGGAUUUUGAAAAUGAGAGCUCAUGAGAGGAGAUAAGGAAAGCUCAGAAGGGAAGGAUGUUUGAACAUGAGUGGAGGCUGUCGAUGGUGGACAUAGAGAGAGGGAGAUUGAUGAUUUAGAAGUCAUAUAGAAAGAGUAGAGGAGGAUGACAGAGGUGAACCUUGUAGAGAAAAGAGAUCAAUUGCUCACGACCUUGUUCGAGAAGCUCAUCCAUUAUGGGCUAUGAGUAAGCAAUGGGGAGGGUUCUUUUGCUUUUUUCGCUUUGUUUGGUAUAGAGAUUUACACGUUUGAGAGGGAGAGAAGGGGAAGGUAUUAGACAAGGAGACACUACAUGAUAGAAUGAGAGGGGGAGAAGAAAGGAGGCGGUUUCAGAAAGAGAACUUGCACCCAUGUGUGUGAGAGAGAGAGAGAGAGAGAGAUUAGACGCAGGGCUUAAGACUGCUAUGCAUCUAGCAUAUUCACAUGCAUGCUUUUUGAAGAGGGGAAGUGGGUGAAGUUGUGCGGAAGGGGGUAGAUGAAGAUUAAAUUGGGAUGGUACCUGAAAUAAAUACAAAUGGGAGGUCUUUUGUGAAAUCCUGAUAUUUAGGGAGGGUGAUAUAUUUUAAUUUUGUAAUCUCUUUUAACUGCUGUUCAAUACAUUUUGUGGUUAGCAAUUUCUAUAGAGUUUUUACUUCUACAUUUAUACCCCCUUAUGUAUGU